GGAAGCGGCAGAGUGGAUUGAGUUUGUCGUCCUCCGGCUGCUUGGACAGAGGGAGGCGGCAAGUACUUUAAGCCUCAGCCCUGGGUUUGGGGCUGGGAGGGCCGGGUGGCCCAGCUCUGCACCUAUGGAUCCAAGUGAGCCGAGAAAUGUGCUGGAAGUGUCUGGAGGUUCCCAGCGGGGGAGUGUGUCCUCGUCUGUGGCUAGACACUCAGAGGUACUGGUUUACCUGGUGAAUAACUCAGUUAUUCAGAUCUCUGUGGAUAGUCUGACGGCCCUCACAGCAGGAGAGCUCGCCAGGACUGUUCGGGAAGCGCUCCAGUUGCCUGAUCAGGCUCAAGAGAUAUUCUCGUUGUGGCUCAUUUCGCCAUUCCUAGAGCUGCAGCUAAAACCUAAGCACCUUCCAUACAAGCUCUGCCGGCAGUGGCCAGAUCUCCUAUACCGCUUCACCAAGUGCCCUGUUGAUGACAUUGUUCACGAUGAACCGUCGUUGCAAUUUCGGAAGAAUGUCUUCUUUCCCAAAGGCAAGGAGUUACAGAUCGAGGAUGAGGGCAUCCUCCGAUUGUUGUACGAAGAGGCCAAAUUUAAUAUCCUGGAAGGCCGCUACCCUUACGACAUGGAGGAUUGCCUCAGACUGGGCGCCCUCGCUUGUCGAAUUGAGCUCGGCGCCUUUGAUCAGGAUCAGCACAGCCCGGCUUUCAUCAGGGAGAAACUUGACUCGUUCCUUCCCACUCAUCUGUGCAAAAAGCAUGGUGGGUUCCUGGCAGCGUUCCGGCCCCGUGGAGCUAAGCAGCACGGCUAUGAAGAGGGGCUCCUGGAGUGCUUCAGGCAGCUGGUGGAUGAUGCAGCACGUGAGGAGUCAGAGGCACUGAAGCUACACUACCGGGCUUAUUUGGAAAAGUGUCAUCUGCUGCUGUACUAUGGCUCUGCACUGUUCACAGGGGAGAUUGACAAACCCGUGCAGAGCUUUCUGCACCGGAAUGGGCGGAAGAUGGUAACCAUAGCGAUCAGCCUGGAUGGCGUGUCCGUCAUGGACAGUAAGGAGAAGUGCGUGCUCUUGACUCUGUGUUUUCACGAGCUAUCGUGGGAGUACACAUCCUCGGAGGAAGAGGACACCGAUGACAUCUUGUGGCUGGAAUUUGAUGGAGAGGAGGGAGGUGCUGUCGUGAACAAGCUUUUGAAGAUCUACUCCAAGCAGGCAGAGCUGAUGAGCGGAAUGAUCGACUACUGCAUCGACUUCAACAGUGCCUUCGAGAUGCCACCGGCGCAGGACACCGGUGCUGCAAAACCACCGAGACCAAAGGGGAAACGCGGCAAACUAAAGCGGCAGAACAGCGUAGUGUGCAAUCGGAUACAGCAGCUCUCGACCAUUGACUAUGUGGAGGAUGGUAAAGAAAUCAAGCGCGUGAAGCCCAAGAGAGCAGCGUCGUUCUUCACACGGCAGCUGUCCCAGGGUCCAGCCUCUUACAGUGCCGUGGAGGUCACAGAGACACUGGAGCAGGGCUGAGACAAUUCAUUGAAACUAAGCUUUCCAUG